CUGUGCAGAGGAUUUAGAUUUGAUAGAUCAAGAUAUUAUUUUUAGAUUGUAUUAAGUGCGGUGGACUUGAGAGGAAAGUGCGGAUGUGUGGGCGGAUGCCGGGGGGAGGCGCUCUGAAUGGCCGGGAAAAGAAAGAGAUGACAGGAGGAGCAGUCUGCGGAGCGCAUUAAACAAUGUCAGACAAUGAAGAUAAUAUCUGGGGCUAUAAAUCCAUCCGGAAGCGCAAAACAGAGGAUAACGCAGGAUGUCAGGACCGGGCGAGAAUAUCAGGGGUGCAGGUGAAAGGGAGGGGGAAGAAGAAGCGAAAUGCACCCAGGAAGACUAAGAACACCCCGGCCCUCACCUCACCCCAACCAGUGCCGAGACCAGGCUCUCAGGAGGAGCCGCCAUCUACGCCAAAAAGAAAAAGAGCUGAGAGCGUGAAGACCCCGAGUCCCGUGACCCCCCAAAACAGACACAGCGGCCAUUGUCCCAGCUGCCAGAUGCCAUUCUCUACAUUAUUAGUCCAGAGUCCGCGAUGGCACGUGAGCGAAUGCCUGGACGCAACGACAACCGCACAGACAGAAUGUCCGGACGGUUUACGCUGCUCGUCGACUUUUCCUUCCCACUACAAGCGCUUCUCCCAUUUCCUUUUGGCACAGAGCCGGGCCGGGGAUCAAUACUUGUUUUCUCUGCCCUCUACCCCCGAUCCGGCUUUACCCAAAGCUGCUUCAUCAAGUAUUUCCAAUGGUUUCAGUCCCACAAAAUCCAACACUUCAACCACGAAAAAGACAACUAAGCUGAAGGUGCCCAAGUCUCAGUCUCCCUCCAGCUCCCAGCAGUCGGUGACGAAGUCUCCUCUGGACAUGUGGCUCUCGUCACCAUCCAAGUCGUCUCAGAGCUUCUUUUCCUUAUCCCAGGAAAAUCCCACUCAUGUCACUGCCACCACGUGUGACCCCCAACAGGACACUGAGAUACAUGAUGCUGCCAUCUCCUACUCCCCUCUAGUCAGUGACCAAGAGCUGUUUAGUGAAGAAGAACGUGACCUAAAAACCCCAGAAAAGACCUCCCUUCCCAGAAGAUCUUCUCUAAACAACAUUAAAGCCUUAGAUUUCCGCUCACAGUGCAGUAUCAAAAAUGAGCAAUCCAUGGGCCAUCCCGGUGAUGAUGGUGGUGAAGAAAAGAUGGAGGCUGAUUAUUGGUCUGAAUGCAGCACACCUGUGUGUGAUAUUAGUGAGUGGCCUUAUCCGGAGGGUGCGGCUGACCUCUCCUCUGAUCUGCCCCAUGUAGUCUCUAUUAAGACAGAAGGAAACACAACUUCUCCAGUGAACUCUCAGAUCCCUCGACCAUUGUCAACCACACAGGUAAGAUUAUCACAGGGCUCUCAGGAGAUGUCGUCUGUGCAGUCAUCCAAAGCCAUGAAGCAAACGGACAUUGGGGUGUUCUUUGGACUGAAGCCUAAAGCGUUGACCCAGCCAGCCAAGGUGAAGGCGCCAUUAAAACCCCAGAGCCCCAAUGCAGUCGUGUCGCAGGGUGAGAAGCGACCUGGGAAGAGGAAGGCGAUGGGUUCUCUCAGCGAUGCUGGUAGAGUCACAGAGAAUAUUAAUGGGAUCCCAGAGCCGGCGGCUACAGGAACCCAGAAGAGAGGUGGAAGGAGGUUCGGGCAAAACUCCACCACUGAGGGGAAGGGGAAGAAGCAAUGUCCAUUCUACAAGAAGAUCCCAGGCACCGGCUUUGCUGUGGACGCGUUCCAGUACGGCCAGAUAGAAGGCUGCUCUGCGUAUUUCCUCACGCACUUCCAUUCCGAUCACUACGGCGGCCUCACAAAAAAAUUUCGCUUCCCAAUCUAUUGCAGCAAGAUCACAGGGAACCUGGUGCAGAAUAAGCUGCGAGUAGAAAAGGAAUUCAUUAACUGCUUACCCAUGUACACGGAGUGCCUAGUGAAUGGUGUCCGAGUGGUGCUGCUGGACGCCAACCACUGCCCAGGGGCCGUUCUUCUGCUCUUCAUCCUUCCUAAUGGAACCUCAAUAUUACACACAGGAGACUUCCGUGCAGAACCCUCAAUGGAGAGGUAUCCAGCGCUGCUUGGACGAAAGAUCCAUACCUUGUACCUGGACACCACAUACUGCAGUCCGGAGUACACUUUCCCGCCGCAGCAGGAGACGGUGCAGUUUGCUGUUAACAUCGCCUUCGAGAUGGUGACUCUACAUCCCCGAACUUUGGUGGUUUGUGGAACUUAUUCUGUUGGAAAAGAGAAAGUGUUUCUAGCAAUCGCUGAUGUUUUGGGCUGUAAGGUUUGCAUGUCCCAAGACAAAUACAAAACCAUGCAGUGUCUGGAGUCAGAAGAGAUCCGAGCGCUCGUGACCACAGACUGGCACAGUACAGCUCUGCACGUCCUUCCCAUGAUGCAGGUCAAUUUUAAGGGUCUUUAUGCCCAUCUGAACAAGUUCCCUGGUAAAUACGAUCGCGUUUUGGCGUUUAAGCCGACGGGAUGGACUUAUUCGGACGGCUGCAGUUCAGUGGCUGAUAUAAAGCCGGACACCCGAGGAAAAGUCACCCUUUACGAUGGAUUAUGUAAUGCAGAAAUAACCAUUUUACAUAUUAAGUGACGCAGGAGGAGAACUUUUCGCCUGGGGCCAACGAUCGGGGACUUCCUGUUGACAUCAGCUGCUGUUCCAUAAAUUAGAACUUGAAUUAUUUUUACAGUCUGAGCUGCGGGUGGGGGUGGGGAGGCGUUUAGAAUCUUACACACUAAAUCUGGUCCUCAAUAGAACAAAAGUUUACAGGACUGCAGUAAGUACCUGUCAUAUACUUUCUGCCACUUUUCCCACAUGUUCUGUUUAUCCAGAAUCUGUCCAUAAUUGUAGGAAUUGAACCGAUAGUCCAGCACUGGAGCACCUCGGAGGCGGGCCUGUGGGCGUCCCAAAAGAAUAAAUGCUUUCUUCUGUAUCCUUAAGCAGUCCAUCAGGCUCCUUAAAGAAACACUGCAGGCAAAAAAGGGGAACAUUUUUAUAAAUAGUACAGAGGCCUGCGGGGGCAGAGCAUGAUAGUCAAUAUCACCAAAGAAAUUAUCUGUUAUGCCCCGCCCCUGAGGUUCCAUGGCAGACAGAACACAGUGGUUUUGUCGCUGCCUUAUCCCCGCGUUACAUUUUAUAUCGCAUAGAUGAAACGGCAUUGUGCAAAAACUUUAAUAGCGUCAGGCAGACAAUCACCUACAGUUGAAAUAUUCUCUUAAAUAUUUUUAUUUACUGCAGCCGAUCCGCCAUGUCUAAACUGGGCCUUAUUAAAGUGGUACAGUGUAGCCCAGAAAUCGAACGCGUUAUAGGUCUUCAAACUGAGGUCCUCCAGAUGUUGCAUAACCUCUGUCCAUUUUAGGAAAUGUCCAGAGCAGGAGAGGUUUGCUGUGGGGAUUUUCUCCUACUAUGAAAAGUUCUUAAAAUGGACAGAGGUGUCAGCAGAGAGCACUGUGGUCAGACUGAAAGGAAAUUAAAAAAGAAAAGAAUAUAGCAGCUGAUAAGUACUGGAAGGAUUAAGAUUUUUAAAUAGAAGUCAUUUACAAAUCUGUUUAACUUUUCCGCACCAUUUGAUUUAAAAAAUAAAAAAAAAUUCCAGUAGAGUACCCUUUUAACCCCUUGCCGCAAAAUGCCGUUUCUAAACGGUGCUGCUGCAUGGCAGGGUUAUGAAGCGAGCUCAGGAGCUGAGCUUGCAUCGCAUCAGACCCGCAUGCCAUUCCGGCAGAUGUCCUGAAUUAACUCUUUAGAUGCAGCGAUCAAAGUUGAUUGCCGCGUCUAAAGUGAAAGCUUUCCGGCAGCUCAGUCGGGCUGAUCGGGACCACCAGUGUCCCGAUCAGCUAGAACGCACGAGGAGGGUCCCUUACCUACCUCCUCCAUGUUCAAUCACCGAAUGACUGCUCUGUGCCUGAGAUCCAGGCAGGAGCAGCCAAGCGGCGAUAACACUGAUCAAUGCUAUGCUAUGGCAAUGCAUUGAUCAGUGCCUGCAAUCUGUAUAAUGCAUGUUAUAGUGCUAUAACAUUGCAAAAAAAAAAAAAUAUUUAAAAAAAGUAAAUAAAGAUGAUUUAACCCCUUCCCUAAUAAAAGUUCGAAUCACUCCCCUUUUCCCAAUUAAAAAAAAAAAAAAAAAGACUGUGUAAAAGUAAAAAAUAAACAUAUGUGGUAUUGUCGUGUGCGUUCAAAGUCCAAAAUAGCGUAUUUUUGGUAACUUUUUCUACCAUAAAAAAUGAAUAAAAAGCGAUCAAAAAGUCUGAUCAAAAAAAAAUUGUACCAAUAAACACUUCAACUCAUGAUGCAAAAAAUUUGCCCUCAUACCGCCCCAUAUGCGGAAAAAUAAUAAAGUUAUAGGGGUCAGAAGAUGACAAUUUUAAACGUAUAAAUUUUCCUGCAUGUAGUUAUGAUUUUUUCCAGAAGUGCGACAAAAUCAAACCUAUAUAAGUAGGAGAUCAUUUUAAUCGUAUGGACCUAAAGAAUAAAGAGAAGGUGUCGUUUUUACCGAAAAAUGUACUGUGUAGAAACGGAAGCCCCCAAAAGUUAUAAAAAUGCAGUUUUUCCUCAAUUUUGUCGCACAAUGAUUUUUUUUCAGUUUUGCCGUGGAUUUUGGGGUAAAGUAGAAUUGGUGGCGCAAAAAAUAAGCCAUGAUAUGAAUUUUUAGGUGCAAAAUCUAAAGGGUUAUAAUUUUUAAAAGGUAAGGAGGAAAAAACAAAAGUGUACGAACGGAAAAACACUGUCCUUAAGGGGUUAAUGCAUUCUCCUCCGUAUUAGACAAUCUGUCCCAUAAACCAGCUAUGACUCUAUAUAACCCAAUAUAACCCUACAUAACCUUUUAUAGUGUUAUCAGUCCAUAAUCCCUUGUUAAUUGUAGAGUUAGAUCUGCACCAUUGCAGAAGAGGAAUGAU